AUGGACAGUGGAAGCACCGGGACCGCUGCGGGGAUCGACCCCAAAAUCUUAGACAAUUGGCAAACUGAAGGCGCCUUUUCCGUCGCGUCGUGGGAACAUUUGGGUUACGACCAGCCCCCAGAGUGGGAUACUAGCCAGGAAUCGAGUCAGUGUGAUGCGGAUAUUGCGGACUUGAGAACCCUCCAGGGUCCGUUGACGGGAGAAUUCCGUCGUUUGGAGAAUAGAAAGCAUGAUGUAGCUCCCGAGACCUUGAACUACGCCGAUGGCGGCGUUGAGGGUACUGUGAGUGGGACGAUCAGUCCCAAGACGAUCCCUUCUUCCGAUGAGAACUUUCAUUCCGACGAGACAUGGCCACAUUUCCAGUUGUACAACUCUGUCGGCAUGCCGAUGGAUGCGUCACUGAUGUACCCCUACGCGAAAGGACAGAACCACUCGACCGGUGCUGUCAUUGUGGACGAUGUGGGCGAGAUGCCUCAUGGAGGUUUCUCUGAUACCCCGGGUGAGAGUAUCAUGCAGUUCCAGCAGAUCCCUCAGUCCUUCCCGAUGAUCCCCGAGCAGUGGGCUGAGAUUCAGCACGGCGUGCCAGUGGAGAACAUCCCGGCACAGGAGUCUGUGCCGCUCACGGUGGCUGCGCAGCAGACCCCCAAAGAUCAAUCCCUAUCCGAAUUUCCGACUUCCAUCCGAUCCCUCGAGUCGCGUUGGCUCAACUGUUUGGAGUCCCAACUGCCCAUUCAGCACAUCACACCAGCCUCCCAGACUGUAGGCCCGAGAGCCCAAAUGGGACAGGACCGUUUCCAAUACAAGUCAGAAAAUUCGUCGGUGUCUGGUGAUAUGUCUGGAAUUUACGAGUGCUCUUACUCCGCCACUAGCGACGAGCCUACGACUUUUGCGGACCAUCAAGUAGACGAUGAUGAGGUGAAGUGGACCUCUCAGCCGAGCUCGCGGGAGGGAUCACAGCCGGCACCCAAAACCACGGCAUUCAUGGUCAGCGAGGUACCGGAAUCGAUGGUUUCUACCAUUCCCUCCCGGUCGAGGGCUUCCUCAACUGCUGGCCGUACCGGUCGACCGGCGCCCCUGGCAAUGCAGAACUCUGGUGCGGUCAGGAAGCGCAAGACCAGAAACCUGGGCUCUACAGAGCAAGGCCUGCCAAGACCACUGCAAAUUGUUCAGGAAGAUGGCCAAGGUGGCUCUAUUGCGUCGGCUGACUUUGUCUCACCCCCACGCGGUGCUCGUCGCAAGGGUCCUCUGAGUAUGGUUGGACGAGCCAAUGCCGGCCUGCGUAGGAAGAACAAGGAUACCUGUGUCCAAUGUCGACUGAACAAGCGCAAGUGUGAUGGAAGCUCCCCUUGCGAUGCUUGCCGCCCUACACUUCACGAGCAGCCAUGCGCCCGUGCCUGUUUCUCUAGCAUUGUCGAAUUCGGAACUUGCAACUAUAUCUCUCAACGAGCAGUUAACCACCCAACAGUGGAUGGCUCGAACCGAGUCCGGAUGGAAAUCCCCUCCGAGUUCGACCUUGGACAACUCCUGUCCUUGCUUGCUGAACGGCAAGGCCGGUUCAACAUCCGCGCCAGCCAGUCCUGGGGCUCUCUCUACGUCCUCGACCUGGGCGAGUCAUAUAAGUUCCUCAAGACCCUAAGCGAGUACAACGGCAACUCCAAGUCCACCUUCUUGGAAUUCAUCGACCGCCGAAUCGUUGACUCAAAAGACAAGUCCAAGAACUGGCUCUCCUGCGUCGCCGACUGCGACCCAAUGAACCAAGCCUACACCCUCCUCUCGCAAUGGCACAACAUGCCCAGCCGCGCCAAAUACAGCUUCGUCUCGCUAGACGCAAGCGGUGAAGAACGCCCUAUGGACAUAAACAGCGCCUCAGAUCGCCGUGAGAUCCUCCUCGCAGCCCAACUCUCCCGAAUAUUCUGCCGAAUGCUCGAAGUCGAAGGUUUCCGCAAACUCGAACGAGACUUCUAUAACAUAAAAUGGAAGCAAAUCUCUCACGAGACCCACGUCCGCUUCCUCGGCGAAUUAGGCCACAUCCUGCUCACGCUGCGCUGGCGCGUUUCCUGGUGGAAGCGUCUCGGCGACGGCGGCAGAACGCCCGAUCCCUCACAACAGCACUACAUCGACCGUGUCGAGCUGCUCUGCCGUAUCCUUUACGUGUACUAUACGUGUGUUUUGGCAAAGCUGCCUUCUUGGUCGGCGGCCGAUGUGCCCAAGGGCAUUUGGUCUACGUAUGCUGAUUCAGAGAAUGCCGUUUGGGACGACUUCCCUUCCGAUUCUAGUGAUGGUGGUUUCCAUGGCUGGAUGGAGAGAGGCUAUGAUCUUAUUGAGCAGGCUGGUGUUCCUAGUCGGAUCUCUAAGUCUCCUCGGUUGAGUUGA